UGGCUUGUAUAUCUCUUCGUAGUGCUACUUCCUGGGAAAAACCAUUAAUAAAAAAAAAAAAUAAAAAUAAUGAUUAAAAAUAGACUUAAAAUUAUUGACGGCGGCGAUCGGCGUUAGGUAGCGAUAAUGGAAGGUGUAAAGCGUUCUUAUCGGCAAAAAGCGUAUCGCUAAUCGCUGUUUACUUUUAUGUAAAUUGACGUGAUUGUGUGCGACAAUGAUCGUUGAUGAUAAUUAAUUAAAAUAAAAUAUUAUUUAGUUGUUGUCAUGUUUAUUCAAAUUGUCAAUGAACAACGAAGAAUAUCAGAGUCGUUAAAAAGAUUUACUGUUUUCAAUAUUACCAAUUUACCUGUACCAUGACUAAUGUUUACUCAAAUUCGAUGUUUAACCGUGGUGAAAACUUUGAUUACAAUUUAUGGUUACAAAACUUCAUCAAAGUCGAGGAUGUUUUUAGUUCUAAUGGCACGUCAUCGAAUAACGAUGACAAACAAUUAUCGAUUGUUUCCACGAUGAUGGUUGAUUCAGGGGCAAAAAAUGAUGCCGUUAGACUGGAGACUUUGAUAGACGAUCCGCUUGCUGAUCGUACGAUCAGAGCGACAGAAGCUGUCUCAUGCGAUCCGAUAUUAACGUCACAGGACAAAUCAAAUCUUCCGUACUGUCAAGAGUCGAUGACAGUUAACGAAGUAGUAGACUCUGCGAUAAGCGCCGAGUAUCAUCAUGGCAAACAUUGUAUCUUUUGCAAUACUUCGUGCAAAGCGUGUAACUUUGGGCAAGAGUCGGUCACUUUCACAGAAGAGAAGUUGGCUAAAACAGAAGACAGUAUAGAUAAAUGUUCUGCCACCAUUGGGGAUGAUAAUAUGUAUAAAUGUGAAAUUUGUGAAAAGAAAUUUACUCGGAAAAGUGCACUGGAACGCCACGUCGGCAGUCAUGCUGUGAAACAAGGAUACAGGUGCGACAUGUGUCAGAAGUCGUUUACCAGGAAAGAUACGUUGAAUAUACACAUAGCAAACCAUCAUGGGAAGCCUCGCCACAUAUGCGACAUCUGUCAGAAGUCAUUCUCUCGAAAGCAGCGUUUACUAGCCCAUGCAAUCAUUCACAGCAGGAAACAGGCACACGACUGCAAGUUUUUCUCGCAGAAAUCAUUUAUACUUGAGAACUUUAUGACCUCGCACACGAGCAUGCAUCCGAAGAGGAAAAUUCACGAGUGUAAUAUUUGCAAGAAAAAUUUCUCCAGAAAGGACAGACUUGUAUCUCACAUAGCUUUUCACACCGGUAAAAAGCCACACGAGUGUAAUAUUUGUCAGAAAUCUUACUCUAGAAAGGAUGCGCUAAACCUUCACAUUGCAAGUCAUACAGAGAAACCUAUGUAUGGCUGCGAUAUAUGCCACAAAUAUUUUAUGCUCAAAUCUCGCCUCACUACUCAUAUCGCUGUUCACACUGGAAGGAAACUACACAAGUGCAAUAUUUGCCACAAAUCGUUUUUGAGAAAAGAUCGUUUGAAGUCUCACAUCGCGAGUCAUAUGGGUAAAAAGUUACACGAAUGCAAUGUUUGUCAGAAGUCAUUCUCGCGCAAAGACAGCUUGUACGUCCACAUGGCUACCCAUCCGCAAAGUAGAUUACACGACUGUAAUCUCUGUAGAAAUUCAUGCGACAUUAAAGUAUCGUGAAAAAACAAAUUUUUGAAUAUAUAUAAAUUAAAUUUUUUAUUGCACGUUGAAAUUUCUCAUCGUAUAUAUGUAGAAUAUCGAACCGAGAGUAAUAUUUUUCUAACGUUAUGUGUAAAUACAGUAUUGUGUACUGAAUAUUUUCGACAAUGUGACAGAAUUUCGGUGUCAUUUUCUUUGGAUACAAGUCUUUUACUAUUUUUCAAUGCAUUAUUUUGCGAGUGUUGUGAUAAAAACACUUUCAAGAGUAAAGCCUUUCUGUCUUUUUUUUCAUUGUCUACGACUAAAUAAGUGUUCACUGCAAAGUAUAAUGUAGGAACUGAACGAAUCGUGUCUGUAUUCACCAAACGAGUUUUAGAGAGAAUCAUUGCUAAACGGUCAAUUAAAUUUAGCAGACUUCUGAGAUCGAAUUUGUGGUGAAAAAGAAUGAACCCGAUUUUUGGCCCCAACACGAUGACAUGCAAAAUUUGGAGUAACUAUGGAUGAUUGAAUAUAUUGACUUCAAAAAUCAUAGUUACCCUGGUGAACAUUUCUUCUACUACGAAUUUUUACAGAAAUUGUGCCAUUUUGUAUUGUUUCGUACAAAAUUGUAAAUAUGCAUAGUUUUUCACAGAGAAGUGUUAAUU